AUACCUGCAACAAGUACAAAGUAACUCUACCCACCAAGGCUUGCAUAGAUAGGAAGAAAUCAUCUAGUGUUUUUUACCUCCGCUGGGAUUUGAAUUUGAGAGCUCAUGGUUCUCGCCAACUUCAUUAACGCCACACCCUUAGGCGUUAUUUUUGCCUUUUUCUCUUAUAUGUUCCACUUGUAAAGUCUUUUUCUUCUUUUUCGUUUGUGGAGAACUGGGGUUUCCAGAACUUUUGCCAUUAUAAUAUAAGAUUCGACCAGAGAAGGCGUGCAGUAGCAUCAGCAUAUACGAAGAUGCAGAUUACCACCAUGUGGUCAUUUUUUAUUCUUCUUAUUGGCCUGCUUCUUAAGGAAACAACACAAGUUUCAGCUAUAAGAAUAAGAUCACUAUCAGCAAUAUUAUCUUCAUCAAAGCCUGGCUGCCCAGAAAGAUGUGGCAACUUAACCAUUCCUUAUCCAUUUGGGAUAGGAAAAGGGUGUUACUUCGAUGAGCCAUUUGAAGUGAGGUGCAAUAACAACACUGCUUUUAGUCGUGGUCUUAAUGAUAGAUCUGUGAAACAUAUAUCCAUGGACACCAUCACGAUUGUUAUUCCUUUCAGUCCUUACCCCUACAACAAAUCAUCUGGAAAGAACCUUUACGGUGAUGAAUACAGCACGGGAAAAUCCAUCUACGAGUAUUUCAGUGUUUCCAUCAAGAAUAAUUUAGUAGCCAUUGGGUGUGAUAUUUAUGCUUAUAUCAAAGAUUUAGACAACACUAGCAGACGCCAAGACAAUAUUGUAAGUGGAUGUGCUUCUUUCUGCGACAGUGGUGGAGCUAAAGGUUCACUGCUCUAUGACUCCAAUAAUGCUUCAUCUUCAGCUUCAUCAACUUAUUGCACUGGGAAUAACGGUUGUUGUCAGUCUGCUUUUUCAAGAAUGCCAAUAAUUCUCUUUGCCUCCAUACAAACAAUGAACACGGAGAAAACAUCAUGGACAUCUAGCAAUUGCACCUAUUUCUUAGUUGUGGAAAAAGGCAUUGCUGAAUCUGAAUUCUCUCAAUUACUUGGUAAGUGCAAAAAAGAUGAUUAUUAUAAAGGAAGGCAAGGCAGGCGGUGAACUGGGUAAUUGGCAGUGUUAGUUGCAACAAAGCCACCAGAACGCCAAAAUAUGCAUGCGGAAAGAACAGUAGGUGCGUUGAUGACACUACUAGACCUACUGAGGGAUAUUGAUGGAAUUGCUCUCCUGGUUAUCAAGGCAACCCUUACCUCCCUAAUGGAUGCCAAGGUACUAAUUCCCGUAUCCAACUUUAUCUGGAUCUAACUUAUAUAUUACCCCCUCCAUUUUAAUUUAUGUGUCUUUCUUUUUAAUCUAUUUCAAAGAGAACGUCGCAUUUCUAUCUUAGACAGAUCCAUGAUAUGAACUUUAUGGGUUUGAAUUUAAGAUUCUACAGCAUGUGAUCUAGUUUAAUGGGUCUGAGAUUUAUUAUUUGUAUUCAUUUAGUGCGCUUUUCAUACAUACGGGUUUUAAGCCAAAGCUACCAGGUUUAGACAAACUCGUAGCUUAGUAACUAGAUCCUGGUUUCUAUGUUUAGUAAAGUUUUUAAUUCCAGUAUUCAUAUUUAUAACCCUUAAUAACACUCAUUUAUAGGAAUGAAAUAGAAUGUGUAAAACCACAAGAUUCAAGGGAUACUUUUGGCAUGAUAUAUACACCUUUUGUUUAAAACAACAUUCAAAAGUAUUCCUUAUACAUUUAAACUUCUUGGUCAAUCAAACUGAGAUACAUAAAAUGAUAUAGAGGGAAUUACAAUGUCAGAAUAGUUUUCACCACUGGCGUAUUUUAGCUUAUUUUAGCAUGUAACAUGUCUUAUUUUUGAGGUAACUAAUCUCACUCUUUAUGGAUAAUUACUUGUAGUUAUCUUUUAGGUGACCUAAAAGUGUAAAAAGUUCUAUACUGUCAGUGUACAGAAGUUAAACUCUUUUUUCUUUCACUAAUUGGAAGGGUAAAGAGGAUAUGGAGGUGAGGCUUGAUACGCAAGUCAUCCCCAAGAGAGGUAGUUUCAAGUAUCUAUAAUACAAGGUAACGGGGAGAUUGAUGAAGAUGUCAUCG